UCAAACAACGACUCACGUUUCAUGCGUAACAUCUGCACGUCUACAAUGAAUUACCUAACGCUAUAUGUACUACGAUUAAGCUCACUAAAAUGUCUGGAACUUUGAAAGAUACCGUACAUGUAAUGCACUACGCCUUGCGUUUGGCAAUUAAUCUCUCGAUAUGAAUACAUGAUGAAGAGAUUCCUAAAAUCUAAGUCCAGAAAUGUUUUCAUUUGUUUUGGUUGCCUUUAUUUUACUUUUUCCAUUCUUUGCUACCUUACCUGCAGAGUUCGUUUCUGACCCAACAACAUUUUUUUUUUAUUUUCACAAGUAUUUUUUCUCAAAAUCUUUCUAUCUAGAAUGGUUAUUUGUGGGGUUCCUGGGAAGAAAACUACCGAGUGAAGACAUCCCCACUGAAGUAGAAAGGUCGGUGUGGGAGAAAAACACCGGACUGAUCACACAACUACAGACACACCGGGACAUCCUGGCCUACUGCUCGGCGGAGAGAGAGGCUGGCGGGGACUGGGGGAACCUUAUCCUCAUGGCCCGCCAGGAGGCGCUGCUGCACUGGCGACAGUUGGAAAUGCACAGCGGCACGGUCAGGGAUCUGUCUCCCCGGUAUUACAGAGAAGUGCGGAUCCACUGCGGCCUACUGCGCCACUGGGAGCGGACUGACGGCUUCCUGCAUGAACGGACCAUCUUCCUCGACUACAGCGACUUCUCAACCAACGGGAAAAUCAACAGGACCGAAAAAUACUGGGAAAUGGACGAUACAGAACCCGAACAACCAGAGGGCGAGUAGGGAUUAUGAAGAGGACAUGGACUAGCGUAUUGAACACAUUGCCGCGAGUGAACACAUACAAUGUAUGUGGAGCGAACAAGGGGAUAAAAGUUGACCUUUCGGACAAUCAUCUAUUUUACAAAUCGUGCACAUUGUAAACGACCUUCUGCAGUACCAUAGAAAGCCUCUAGCCGAAUCUGUCCUUGUAUCUACCUACAUACUAAAUGUCAUGACCAUACAUUGAUAACUGUUUGGGUUUCACAAACACACACACAGAAAUCCAAAGACGUAAUCGUCUUGUCGAACAUUUAAAAAACAGACGUCCACCAAGCCGCUCAGUACUAUUCAUCCUAGUAAGUGAAAGUAAUGUGCCCUGAAAGUAGUAAA